CAUUCAAUUUCACUCCCCUCCCCAUUCAGGCAAUUCUAGACAAAACCCUUGUUUUUAUUUUUCAAAUAAUCCACUUCAUAAUUUAGUUACAAUCCAACUUAACACAUAUCUUAUCUCUUAUCUAUUUCAAUAACUGGGUCAUCACUUUGGCAUGUAAAAGUUGAAAUCUUUUAUAUAAUUUAAGUAGGUACCCAUACACACAAACACAAACACACACACACACCAGAAUUUGUUCUUCUCAAUCUUUAAUCUUUAUAUAUAUAUAUAUAUAUAGAGAGAGAGAGAGAGAGAGAGAGGGAGUCUUCUUCUAUCUAUCUAGUAUCUUCUUCUUCUUCAUCAGUUCUUCUGUGUUUUGUGUUUUGUUUGUUUGUUUCCUGUUGAGAAUAAAGAGAUGAAUAAUGGGAUGUGGGAUUCAGAAUGUAGCAGUGGGUGUGAGUCUGGUUGGACUGUUUAUCUUGAACAAUCAUUUAUGUCAUCUCCAUAUCCUUCAAAUCGAGGUAUGAAGAAGGUGAAACAGUUUCAAGAAGAGGAUGAAGAAGAAGAUGAAGAAAUCAUUGUUGCAGAAGAUAUGUCAAUGGUUUCUGAUGCCUCAUCAGGACCUCCACAUUUUCAAGAACAUCAAGAGGAGGCAGAGGAGGAGCCAGUUAAUAAAAGGCAGAAAAGUAAAGAGAAAUUUCGUCGAACACCUGACGUGCAUCCUUCUUUCUUAGAUGAUACUGCAAGUUCUCCCCUGUUUGACUUUCCCCAGGAUGCAGUGAAGAAGAAGAAGAAGAACACAGUAGAGUUUUCACAAGGGUAUUCUGCAACUCAUUUUGAUCAGGAGAGAUCUGCAUACCAUGAACAACUUGGUUUUAUUCAAUAUCUUCCAAAUGGGAAUCAAAUGCAGCAGAAUCAGUGGUAUGGAACUGGGAACAUGAUGGGGAUGAGAUGAUUGAUGAAGAAGAUGAAGUUUUUUGAGAGAUAAAUUAUUAAUUCAAUCUCUGUCACACUGCACUACUUGUUGUGGGAAGUCAAUUUUUAUUUUCUUCUUCUUCCUUACAAUUUUUAUUUUAUUGUCAAUGGAAAAAUAAAAAUAAGUACAUAUUUCAUCUCCAUUUUGUUU